GGCUGUCGAAGAAUCAAGUCUGUAGAAGUGGAGCGGCCGCGGCAGCAGCAGCAGCGGCGGCGGCGGAGCUCAGCGGGCUGGGCGCUGGAGAGCGGCGACGCCAGGAGCUGGGACAGAGCGGCGGAGCGGCCCGCGGCGCGCGCCGCGCCCGAGCUCCACGCCGCCCCGCGCGGCAUGCCCCGCCGCUCGGGCUGAGCCUGCCCCGGCGGCCGCCCCCCGUCCCCCGCCCCCCGGCCUCCCCGCCCCCCGCCGGCCGCCGCUGCGACCUGCUGCUCUCGCCCGCGCGCCCCGUUUUCGCCCCGGUCUGGAGGCCCGCUGCGGCCCCGGCCGAGCCGCCACCGCCGCCGCCGCCGCGCCGCCCCGCCGCCCGCGGGGACCUGCUGCCGCGCCCGCCGCGCCUUGCCGCGCGCCCGCCGCCCCUCGUGCACCGGGGGCGCCGCGCGGGCGCCGCGCCUUCGCAGGCUCUGCCGCCGCCGCCGCCGCCUCUGCGGCCGCCGCCGCCGCUGGUCGGAGAGACGCGGGGUUGGGGGGCGCGGCGGGCGCGCGGGCUGCCUGCGGGGGGCGGCGGCGCCCCCUCCUCCUCCUGCGCCUCCGGCGCCGCGGGCUCCGCGGAUAUGGCCGCGGCGGUGGCGGUGGCGGCUGCGUCCCGGCGGCAGUCGUGCUACCUGUGUGACCUGCCCCGCAUGCCCUGGGCCAUGAUCUGGGACUUCACCGAGCCCGUGUGCCGCGGCUGCGUCAACUACGAGGGCGCCGACCGCGUCGAGUUCGUCAUCGAGACGGCGCGGCAGCUCAAGCGGGCGCACGGCUGCUUCCCGGAGGGCCGCUCCCCGCCCGGCGCCGCGGCGCCCUCGGCCGCCAAGCCGCCGCCGCUCUCGGCCAAGGACCUCCUCCUGCAGCAGCAGCAGCAGCUCGGCCACGCCGGCCCCGAGGCGGCCCCCCGCGCGCCGCAGGCUCUGGAGCGCUACCCGCUGGCCGCUGCGGCCGAGCGCGCCCCGCGCCUGGGCUCCGACUUCGGCGGCCGCGCGGCUGCGGGCCUGGCCCAGCCGCCGACGCCACAGCCGCCGCCGGUGAACGGCAUCCUAGUGCCCAACGGCUUCUCCAAGCUGGAGGAGCCGCCCGAGCUGAACCGCCAGAGCCCGAACCCGCGUCGCGGCCAUGCCGUGCCUCCCACCCUGGUGCCGCUCAUGAACGGCUCGGCCGCGCCGCUGCCCGCCGCCCUGGGCCUCAGCGGCCGCGCCGCCGCCUCGUUGGCCGCCGUGUCCGGGGCCGCGGCUGCGGGCCUGGGCUCGGCGCAGCCCGCCGAGUUGGGCGCCCACAAGCGGCCAGCGUCCGUGUCGAGCAGCGCGGCCGCGGAGCACGAGCCCCGCGAGGCUGGAACCAAGGAGAAGCCGCCGCCACCGCCCGCGCACCGGGGCCCUGCCGACAGCCUGUCGAGCACGGCGGGCGCCGCGGAGCUGGGCGCCGAGGGCUCGGGCAAAGGCCGCGGGCCCGGAGAGCAGGACUGGGUCAACAGGCCCAAGACCGUGCGCGACACGCUGCUGGCGCUGCACCAGCACAGCCACUCGGGGCCCUUCGAGAGCAAGUUCAAGAAGGAGCCGGCCCUGACUGCAGGCAGGUUGUUGGGUUUCGAGGCCAACGGGGCCAACGGGUCUAAAGCAGUUGCAAGAACGGCAAGGAAAAGAAAACCUUCUCCAGAACCAGAAGGUGAAGUCAGGACCCCUAAGAUCAAUGGAGAGGCCCAGCCGUGGCUGUCUACUUCCACAGAAGGGCUCAAGAUCCCCAUGACCCCUACAUCCUCUUUUGUGUCUCCACCACCACCCACUGCCUCACCUCAUUCCAACCGGACCACACCGCCUGAGGUGGCCCAGAAUGGCCAGUCCCCCAUGGCAGCCCUGAUCUUAGUAGCAGACAAUGCAGGGGGCAGUCAUGCCUCGAAAGAUGCCAACCAGGUCCACUCCACCACCAGGAGGAAUAGCAGCAGUCCACCCUCCCCGUCCUCUAUGAACCAAAGAAGGCUCGGCCCCCGCGAGGUGGGAGGCCAGGGGGCAGGCGGUACGGGAGGACUGGAACCCGUGCACCCUGCCAGCCUCCCGGACUCCUCUCUGGCAGCCAGCGCCCCCCUGUGCUGCACCCUCUGCCACGAGCGGCUGGAGGACACCCACUUUGUGCAGUGCCCUUCAGUCCCUUCCCACAAGUUCUGCUUCCCUUGCUCCAGACAAAGCAUCAAACAGCAGGGAGCUAGUGGAGAGGUCUAUUGUCCCAGUGGGGAGAAAUGCCCUCUGGUGGGCUCCAAUGUCCCCUGGGCCUUUAUGCAGGGGGAAAUCGCAACCAUCCUCGCUGGAGAUGUGAAAGUGAAAAAGGAGAGAGACUCGUGACUUUCCGGUUUCAGAAAAACCCAGUGGUUGUCCUUAACUAAAACUGCUUGAAUUGUAUAUAUGUCUCCAUAUAUAUAUAUCCAAGACAAGGGAAAUGUAGACUUCAUACACAUGGCUGUAUAAUUUUGAUUUUUUUUUUUGAAUACAUUGUGUUUCUAUAUUUUUUUGACGACAAAAGGUAUGUACUUAUAAAGGCAUUUUCUUCUUUUGUUAACGUUAUUAGCAUAUCUUUGUGCUUUAUUAUCCUGGUGACAGUUACCGGUCCUCGUAGGCUGUGACUUGGCUGCUUUUUUAGAGCACUUGGCAAAUCAGAAAUGCUUCUAGCUGUAUUUGUAUGCACUUAUUUUAAAAAGAAAAAAAAAGCCAAAUACAUUUUCUGACAUUGUAAGAUUGCCUUACUGUCUGUUAUUCCUUAUUGCUGGCCCCUUUCUUAGGCUGGAGGCCACUUGGUGGAGAAGGAAAGGAAAUGAGUGAAAGGGGCACCGCUAUCAAGUGGGCAUGCCACUGGGAAAUACCACCAAGUUCACCCUGAAACUCGUCCUCUUGGAGGAGUAGGAAGAUAGGUUUUGGAUCUCUCUGUUUUGUUCUUGAAGUUCAGUUCUUGGGACGUUGCCUGUCUGAGAGGGCUGCUGAGAGAUCCUCGGCGUUGUGGGGCUUGGGGGUGUUUUUCCUGAGGCAGAGUUGACCGCUGUCCACGUGAUCAGUUGUAGGAGUACAGUGCUGCAUGCUAGUUGGUUACAUAAGACGCAGGCUCCAGUGAUGGAGCGGCGUGGUGGGUGGUGGCGUGUGCGAGAUGGCACUGCCGUCUUGGAGCAGCCUGGCUCUGCAGCGCCACUUCAUCUGCUGAGCCCCCGACAGCUCUGUCUGUCGCUGCUGUGGUCCUCUCCUCUGCAAGAGUUGCCAGAGGAGUCGCAGUCCUGGUGGGCUAGAGAGCGUGGGAUUGGUUUUGUCGGUUCUGUGUCCUGUUCCGUUUUGUUCUUUAUCAUUUACUGUAGUGCUGUUGCUGUGGAUGCUGUCACAUGUUUUCUAGUGAGUGCUGAAUACGCUAUGGUACAAUGACAGUGAAGCCCCCGGUCCGCAAGGACCGCCUGUGGGCAUAUCAGUGACGGCCCAAAUGUGGGUGGAGGAAACCUGUAAUUUCCUUCUUACAUGUGUUUGAGAUACCAAGUGAAUAAUACUGUUCUGGAAAAAAAUGAUGAACUAGUGAAAAUUAAAGAAAUUGAGGGUUUUACAUAAUAGGCAGGCCCCACCUCUCAAACUAUUUUUAGAAGCCUUUUGUAAGCUAAUUUCUUUUGAUCACUAUUUUGCAACAGUAAAAUGAUUUUUUAAACCAAUAAAUCAUCAGUUAUUAGAAAUAGUUGUCUCACAGCAUACUGGUUUUUCUUUUGUGCUGUUACGAUUUAAUAUUGACAGGAACACUAUUUUAAAUCCUUAUGUUCAGGUGUUUGUAACUUGGCCUUACAGUUGGGCUGAAUCAUGGCUUCUAGGUCUACUGCAUUUCGUGUAUAUCGUUCACAGCCUAGCUUCUGUUUUGAUUUGAAAAUAGAUUAUUACCAGCUUUGGAUUUUUUUUUUUAAGUUGUGUUUGUCUUUUUUUGAAAUCGCUCAAAACGUUUAGUGGUCAAGUUACUAACACUUGAAAAUCAGAUACUGCACCAAAUACAGUAUUUUUUCAUGGUGAUGUUGGUGAGUGCACCCAUGGCUAGUGCUGUGUGGAUCCAUGUCACAGUCGUUGUUAUGCUGCAGACAGACUUGCACGAUUAACCAGUUUGUCCUUACACCUUUUUUUUUUUUUUUAAGUAUACAUGACUCAGAUCAAUCAGACUGGUCUCUCUUAUGUGAAUGUACACAUGCAAAAAAUAGUCAGUUUCACAUGCCCAUAAAGACACUUGUGAAGAAUUCAGCUACUAUGAUCUGUUGUAUAAAUGUGUUUCUAGGCACUUUAUUAUAAACUAGAAUUUGACCUCAUAGAUGUUCCAACUUGAUCAGUCAUUUGACCUAAUUUGUGGUUGCUAUCUGUGUUUUGCAACCUUAAUGCAGAUAAGCUCUCCAACGAGAUUAAUGAAGAACCGUCCUGCUCUAGUGGAGAAGUCUCUCCAGCUGUGGAAAAGCAGCCUGGGCUGGUGGUGAAGGGGGGAGACUGACCAGCUUAAAAGGGCUGCAGAGCUUCCCACUAUUAAACACAGGCUCUCCACGAGUCUGUCUCCUCUCCUCGGAGGCCUUUGAGAAGGCUGGCAGCCGGAGUGCUGAUCUAGGUUCUUUUUCUGGCGUCCCCAAGUUAAAAGUGAACACUGGGACAUGGUUUGAUCUUUUGUUGUACCCGAUGACAGUGCAGAGAUUCUCCACAGCUGGAGAGAAAUGUCAGAAAGCUACUUACUGUACGUGGGCAGUAUCAGAUUUCAGAUCCUAAUAUUUCAGCUAUGCUUUUAAUACUCAGAAUACUAGGGGAUGGGGUGUUGAAGCUUUCCCCCCCUUUUUUUUGUUAACAGUUUAUAGAAUUUAACAGAUGUACUGUCUUUCAUGUGGCCUCACAUUUGAAGUUAUGAGAACAUACACAUGGUUUACAACUUUUACUAUAUACCCUUCCUUGGCCACCAAGUAUUUUAAAAGUGUGCCACCUUUUAACCUUUACUUUUUUUUUUAAGUUGAAGGUGAUAACUUUUUCUAUAUAUGAUGCAAUUCAUGUCAACUAAAGUAAGUGUAAUCUCAGAUAUCAUUAUAUUUUAAAAUCAUGCUAUGGAAAUAUCACCUGCAUUCUGUCGUUUGUCCAAUUUACAGUACCUUUUUUUUCCUUUAACUUUUAGCAUUAAAUAAAAAAAAUAAAAUUGGGAGCACUGAACAUUUUCUGAGGCCUUUUUUAAUUUUUUAAAUGAGCAUAGGAUGACUCUCAUGUUAAUUGCUAAUGGCAAUGUGACUGAAGGACGUGUGGGUUUGGGUGUGGGGUUUGAUGAACUGCAGGAGAACAGGAGAUAAAAAGCUCUGGUGGCAGAAAACAGAAGUUCUAGGGACCAGGAAAGGGCCACUGGAGACGGGGACAGGUGAAAAGCUGUACAAAAUACAGCUGAAGGCACUUGUUUAUUUUUCAACUGGCAGCCUGGCCAGCCUUCUCCAACAGUGAACUGCAAGGAGAUAGUGACCACAGUGAAAAGACCAGCCAGCCUGGGACUGCUCUUCGGAAAGCUUUGGAAUAAAACAGCCUGGAUGGGGCAGAGGAAAUACCCUGAAGACAAAAGGAAAAAAGAUGGGAAGAAAAAGAAAGCAAGCCUGCACUUUAAAAGCUUUGGAACCGACUUUAUGUGAGCUUUACUGAUAUCCUGAAAUCUGAACUUACAAAUAGAGAUAAGAGCACAGAUGCAUUUUAAAACCGCCUCUGCCGCCACAUAGUAAGAAGUUUCCUGGGUGUUGCAGCGUUGACUCUUUAUUGAUCAAUGGUUUGGCAGAUUUCUCUAUGAAAGGAAGUUGUGAAACUUAUGAAGAGUCUAAAGCUAGGAUGUACACAGACUUACUAUAUGUUUUAAAUAGCAACAAUGGAUGUGUAGAUGGGUAUGUUUUUUAGGGGUGAUCCAGUGACUUGCGGGUCCAUUGCUAUAUUUUAAUUUUUUUCAUUAUUAGCAGCCCAUUUAAUGCCAUUUUUAAAGAAACUAUUCUCAACAUUUUUUUUUUUUUUUUUCUUUUUGCGGUAGGGGGAUUGAACUCAGGGCCUGGUGCUUGCGAGGCAAGCACUCUACCAGCUGAGCUAUCUCCCCAGCCCUAGAAACUAUUCUCAGUAAGUCAGAUUAUAUGAUAAUUUUUCAGGCAAUUAAAAUAAAUAGGCUAAACUGUUCAUCAGUUUUUGUUUUCUAACUUAAAAAUAUUUUUGAGUCAAAUUUAAAAUAGCAUAGCAUGCAGAAGUGAUGUUUAAAAUUUCAAAAGCUCCUCCCAAAGGUAUACUUUAAUGAUUACAUUCAGUUAAAAAAAAAAAAAAACCAGACUCUUGAUGUGGCAGAUGUCUUUGUUUAUUCCCCAAAGGGAGGAAAAGUUGAAAGCA